GAGUGAUUUAAAGAUUCAAAAAUUUCAUAAUUAUCUGAAAUAAAAUGAUGGUAGAAGAAAGAAACAGUGCCUGUGGUCUCGAAACAGUGAAACGACAUCGUUUUAAUUUCAAAAAGACACCGUUUCUGUUUUAAUUAAUUGCUUUCAAAUCAGUAGAAGAAGAAACAUCGAUUGAGCUUUCUACUUGAAAACCAUCUUUUCCGAUCUAUCGAAUCGGAGCGGCGAAGGAAGGAGAAUGGGUGUCCGUACAAUAUCUCAGGAGGCAUUCGACGAUCUGGUUAGGGAAAAUGUUGAAGAUCUUGGUAUGGAUCCCUCCGAAGCUCUCGAAGACGCUCUCUACACUCUCAAGCUCCAAGGCGUCGAUCUCUUUGGGAUCAUUACAUGUGUUCCUGGAGAAAGUAGCGUUAAGGACAAUCCGGUGAUUGCUUGUUUAGAUAGACUAAAAGAAUUCGACAGUGUUUCAAUAGACGGACCUCUUCGAGAUGAGGUUUUCGAUGAGAUAUCGAGUUUGUUCAAGAAUCUCAAUGAGCUUUGUAGCAGCCAAGAAUCAGGGAACGCUGCAAUUGCGACAAAACAUGGUGCUGUGGAUUUAACUUGCUCGAUUUGUUCCAAAAUCAAGAUAUCUACUAGAAGUAAUCGUGUUCUUGUUCCUUGCUUUAAGGCUUUGGCUGUGUUGAUCCGUGACAUUCAGAGCACAGAGAGAUUCAGGAAUUGUACUGGACCAAAUAUCGUUGUUGAUCUCUUAAAUGAUUCCAGCUCCGAUUCUGAUUUGUUAGAUGCUGGUUUUGCGGUUGUUGCUGCUGCAGCAACUGGUAAUGAAGUUGUGAAACAGUUAUUCAUGGAACUGAAAAUCGAUGAACUUAUUCUGCAAGUGUUGAAUAGAGAGAGUAAAACUACCAUUAGAGCUCUGUACGAUGCUAUUUGUGCUCUUUUGACUCCAGAUGACUUCCGUGUUGUUGCUUCCCAAGUUUAUGGUUAUGCACGAACUUUUGCCAAAUUAGGGAUUGCGACAGCCCUCACUGAAGCAUUACAGGCAGGGAUUGGCUCUGAUAGUUUGGUGUCAGCAAGUACUGCGUUAAAAGCAAUUGCUGUCAAUGAUGAAAUAUGUAAAUCUAUUGCUGAAUCCGGUGGAAUAGAUACACUUCUUCGGUGUAUUGAUGAUAGCGGUGAGCAAGGCAACAAAACUGCUGCUAAGACAUGUUGUUCCCUGUUGUCUAAGUUGGCAGGAAGUGACUCUAACAAGAGUACCAUAGUUGAGAAGCAAGGUCUGGACAAGCUAAUCACACUCGCACUACGAUUCUCUGAUGAUCCUCUAGUCAUACAAGAGGUGAUGUUGAUAAUCUCUAUAAUCUGUCUGAGAUCACCAGACCACGCAGCCAAGGCUAUAGAAGCUGGAGCUGGUGAUCUAGCGGUCCAAGCAAUGAAGAGGUUCCCAGUAGCUGCUCAAAUGCAGAGAAACGCUUGCAACAUGAUACGGAACAUUGCUGUCAGAAGUGCAGAGAACAGAACUAUUCUGCUUGCUAAUGGAAUCGAGAAGCUGAUAAGAACUGCUAAAGCCAACAAUGAGACAUGCAGAGCCGCUGCAACUGAUGCACUGAGAGACCUUGGCCUUGAUAACUACAAUAACUAAGGUCAAUCUUUCUCCAUUGGUUGGUACUCGCAACAACCGGAAUGAAUCCAGUUUUUUUUUUCAAAAAUUUCAUAAACAGUUUGCAUUGAGUUCUCUCUUUUGGGUAGAAGGCAUUCCGAUCUAGUCUUUUUUGCAACGAUUGCUUUUGUUCGAAUGCUUGAACAUGUAGUAAAAUUGAAAGGAAUUGAUUGAAAAUUUCGGUGAAAGGUACUCUAAAUAGUAAAAAAGUAAAUAGAGAAACAGAGGCUUCACAAUGAGAAAUUUUCAUUCAUUCACUAAAAUCAUUCGUUUAGUCAAUGAAUUUCCUUUAUUUAGAAGAAAUCGAUUUUAGUUUGAAACAAGGACAAAAUGUUUGUUUGACUAAAGGGAAGAGAAACAAAGACAAAAUGUUCACGUCCAUGGAAUGAUCGA